GUUGGACAUUAUUAUCCACCAGUAGUCUCGUAUCCACUAUAAAUAUAUAUCCGACUUGAGACUGGUUUCUGUUCUCCAACUAAGCGGCAGCAGAUAGACCGACUGACCCCAUAGCAAAUCUCACUCACAGAUAUCGGAACAGGAUGGGUACCAUAUUCACAUUCAGCCUACGCUUGAGCUUCAUCUUGCUGAUUGUCGUCUGGCCGGAGCUGGCUCUAACACAGAGCAGUUGCGUCACACCUGUGGGGGUCGCGGGCCUGUGUGUGCCAUCGCAGGAGUGCGGCUUUGUGAAGCAGCUAAUCGACAUUUACGGCCGGAAUAUACCACGACGCGUGCAGAACCAAAUGCGGCAGAUGCAGUGCACCGGGGAGACUGAUGAAUUCCAUUUAUGCUGCCCUGGCGAGACUGGUACACGCUCUGAACAGAGUGAACCGAGGCCCACCGCCACAAAGACGGUGCGGGCUGUCUCCGGCAACCUGAAUCGCAUCGAUCCGCAGGGCUAUCGGCUGCUCGACUCUGUCACCCAAUGCGGCAACAGGGGCAAUCCCAAGGUGAGUGGCGGCCGCAACUCAAAGCCCGGAGAGUUUCCCUGGGUGGCGCUGCUCAAGUACGAGACCUCCGGACGUCAGUUCCUGUGCGGCGGCAGCCUGAUCACCGAUCGCUUCAUCCUCACCGCUGCCCAUUGCAUCGUGCAACAGCCUCCACUGCUUGGAGUGCGUCUGGGAGAGCACGAUCUGGCCCAUGAGCAGGACUGUACGUAUUUGGGUGGAGUUCAUAGGGUGUGCCAGCCGCCCUACGAGGAGUUUGGCGUCGACGAUGUCCGCGUGCAUCCCGGCUAUACGCAUGGAUCGAUCAACAAUGACAUUGCCCUGAUCAAGCUGGAUCGAAGCGUGGUCCUGCCCAAGUCACACAUUGCACCCAUUUGCCUGCCCAUCGACGAUAAGUCCAAGGAACUGGCCCACGAUCAGAGCUUUCUGAUUGCCGGCUGGGGUCGCACGGACAAGGAGGACGCUGCCUCCAUACAGCAGCGGGCUCUGAUCAUCCGCAAGGACGUCUCCGUUUGCAGCAGCUACUACAACAAUGCCCCCGUCAAUGAGAACCAUAUCUGCGCCACCGGCUCUGGCAUCGCACACACCUGCCGCGGCGACUCCGGCGGGCCGCUCUUCUUCAAGCACCGCUUCAAGCAGAACUACCGCUUCGUCCAGUACGGCGUAAUCUCGUUUGGCGGCCAGCGGUGUGGCAGCAACAGGAACCAGCCCGGCGUGUUUGCCAACAUCAUCGACAUGCUACCAUGGAUAACGCAGAACCUAUACUAAUGCUGUGCUCCCUGAAUGGCAGACCCUAAAGAAUACCGUCCACCCCUCUAUUUCGCAUUAUUUAUGUCCGUAGCUUUAACAGCCUUUUGCCAUAGAUACUUUUAGAUUUUUUUAAAUAAAUUUAAAUAUGUGUAUAUAAUAUAUGGAUCAUACUUCAA